CUUAAAUCAAGAGUCCUGUGCUCUACCAACUGAGCCAGCCAGGCAAGCCUGGGAGCUCAUUUUAAAUCAAAGAGAUUUUUUGCCCUCAGACUUUCCAGUGUGUGAGUGUGAAAAAUAAGUUGGUUUUACAUUUUCAUUUCACCUUUCUGCCUACUUAAUGCAGAAGUCUAGCUUUGACUCCAGGUGGCUUCAGUUUCACUCCCCUUUAGCUACUGGCCACUGCAGGGCUAAGGUCACUUUAGUUUUGUGGAAUGUUUUUGGUGUCCACUCUUCCCCUGCCUGUCUCCCCACCCAUUUCCCACCUCAGUGAUAGACGCUCAGCCCAAAUUGUGUUAAGCCCCAGACUAAUGUUUCUAGUAAAUUGCUCUACUUAGGGUACCCCACUCUAGAGUUAGUUCCUACACAGAAGAGCCUGCUGAUUUGGAUUCUUUGAAGCUUAAAAGUUAGGAAAAAAUGAUUAGGCCUAGGCUCUUUGGCCUGUGAGAUGUUAGGGCUUGGUGGGGGUGGGGUGCAUUGGACAGGAGGAACUUGCUAUCUGAUUCCAAAGAAGUGCUGAGAAUGUGACUCUUGGUAAAAAGCAAGGUGAGCUCAACAUUACUGUUUCUUGUCAUGUCAGCUGACAGUUCUACGAAGGGUCCUCUUUUAGCUGAACAGGGUUAAUAAUGGCCUUAGUCUGGAGCAUCUACACUCCUAAUUUCAGCCUCCUAAAGGGACUUCAUUGUGUUAAACCAGCCAGUCUGGAAGUUUAAGCAGAUAACUUCUCUGCUGCAUCUCAUUCAUUUUUUUUUUCAAGGGUUUGCUGAGGGCUCCUUAUGAAUUGUACAGUAGGGGUAUGGUAAGCAGACCACCGUAUUUCCUACAGCGUGCACAUCCGUAAGAAUGCCUGGAAGUGGAGUGGAUCAGGUACCCUGCUACCCAUGCCUUCAUCCCAGGAACACACUGUCAAAAGGAGCCUGUAUGUGCAAGUAUUCCCUGUGCGAGUCUCAGCAAGAUCUGAAGUUUUGCAGCAGUGGGGAUGAGGGCCUUGAGGGCUGGCAAGGUCCCUUGAAGCCAAUGCAGAGGACUGGAGCUGGAAUUUGCGGAGCGUGACAGAACAAACAUUUACUGAACUUUUUAAAGAUGUUGGAACGUCUUAGUAAUUACACACAUUAAGCCCAUUAAUCUUUAUGAUAACCUUUGAAAUUCGGUACCAUUAUUUAUUUAUGUUCUCUAAGUCAGGAAACCGGCACAGAGAAAUUACUUGCCCAAGUUUACACGCUGACAAUCUGGGACUUAAGCUGAAAACAGAGCUCUUCUGUUCUCAGGGGCAGUUGUCGAACAAAACCUAAAGCAGAGGGUGUUGAGGUUCCUGUGAAGAAACCAGCUUUCUGGCAUGUGAGAAUGUAAGGAAGGUUAAGCCAGCUUUGUGAAACCUUUGGGAAGACCUCCAAAAGGCAGUGACGUGGAAGAGUUUUUAGAAAGAUCAGUGUGGCCAGGUUGCAGAAUGAGUAGUGAGAGCGACUUGUGGUCUGCCACGAGUCUCCAGUUCGGUUUCCUUACUCUGGGAAGGAGCGCGGCGAGGUGGGUUUGCGGGCUGUUUCUGCAGCAGCGUCUGCGGCGUCGGGCUGAACCCCCAGCUCUGGGCCGGGAAGGAAGCACCGAGAUGAAGCCGCUCCCGCCUUCCUAGAGAGGAGACCAUAGUGUUCUGCCCGCGGCGCGAGCUGCUGACGUCACGCCGGCGCGGUGGGGACUGGCUCCGAGCUGCCCGGGGUCUCCGACGCCCGAGUGCCGCUAUGUGUGGCGGAAGGCCCGCGGGCAGCGCUCUGUGCGUCGUCGAGGCGCCGUGCUAGAGUGCGACGGUCUGGUCUCGCAGCCCGGUUUGGUCUCGGAGCCCGGGCUGGCCUGCGGCUGCUCCUCUUCCCGGCGCGCGAGAAUCUUUGGAGCGAGGGGUCAGAGCCACCUGGCCCUGAAGAGGGAAGGGAGAAGCUUGUUGGAGAGCCCUGUUCUGGGAGUCGGGAGACCUGGGUUCCGUUUGUAUGUACUUAAGGGAGGAAGUGAACUUCUGAUUGCUUCAGUUGUCAGAUUUCCAGAAGCCAAUGCUAUUCCUUGCUUUGCCACUUGACAAAGUUGCGCGGGUUGAAUGACUAUAUGUGAGAGUUAUCAACUUCCUUUAAGCUCUUGUCUAAUAGCAACAGAACAGAUUCCUGCCCUUCCUCAAAAGAAGGCCCCAGGAGACAAACUAGUGUCGCUUGUGUUCCUCACAGCUUAUCUCUGGGUCACUGUGAUCUAUCUCAAUUAUUGAGAAGAGGAUAAAGUAAAGAUUCCACAAUGCAGGUCCCCCGUUUUGCACAGAGGACAUUUUCCUUGGUGAUAUUUUUUUCAAACAAGAAGAUGAAGUCUGAUGCAAGUGUUAAGUGACUUUUGGAAGACAUGCAGGGUCAGAAAACCUGGUUGUCCAGGGUUUGCGUUUGGAGAAGGAAACAUCCUGAAGAAGGAAGAGGGGUAUCCUGUAGGAAUGCCUGAAGGGACAAUACAUGCACACAUAAACACCCAGAGCUUUCCCAGGACAGUUUUACUGUAACCAUAACUAUCUUUGAGAAAGUUCCUUGUAAGUGUCAUGAAUUUGAAAGACAGUUUCCUCUAAACCUGCACCUACUGGACAGACAUCCCUUGUGUCACAAGCAGCAUGAGUUCUAGACAGAUUUCACUGCAAAUGAACCCUCAGAGACUUAACAUGCAGAAGAAACCUUCAAAGUGUAGAGAAUGUGGAAAAUUCUUUACUCAGAGAUCAUCUCUUACCCAGCAUCAGAGGAUUCACACGGGAGAGAAGCCCUAUGUGUGUAGUGAAUGUGGAACUUGUUUCCGUAAACAGUCAAAUCUCACUCAACAUUUGAGGAUUCACACAGGAGAGAAACCGUAUAAAUGUAAUGAAUGUGAGAAAGCCUUUCAAACGAAAGCAAUCCUUGUCCAGCAUCUGAGAAUUCAUACUGGAGAGAAACCCUAUAAAUGCACAGAAUGUGGCAAAGCCUUUUGUCAGAGUCCAUCCCUUAUCAAACACCUGCGAAUUCAUACCGGAGAGAAACCGUAUAAAUGCACCGAAUGUGGUAAAGCCUUUAGUCAAAGCAUUUGCCUUACCCGUCACCAGAGAAGUCACUCUGGAGAUAAACCUUAUAAGUGUAAUGAAUGUGGGAAAGCCUUUAACCAGAGUGCAUGCCUCAUGCAGCAUCAGAGAAUUCAUUCAGGAGAGAAGCCUUACGCAUGCGCGGAAUGCGGUAAAGCCUUCACUCAGAACUCCUCCCUUGUUGAACAUGAGAGAACUCACACUGGAGAGAAACUUUACAAGUGUAGCGAGUGUGAAAAAACUUUCCGCAAACAGGCACACCUUAGUGAACAUUACAGAAUUCACACCGGAGAAAAACCUUACGAAUGUGCUGAAUGUGGGAAAUCCUUCAGGCACAGCUCGGCACUUGUUCGACAUCAGAGGCUUCAUGCUGGAGAAUAAAACCUGGCGUAUAACCAGUGCGGAAAGAGUCUAUGAAAAUGCCAUUGCUACCCGCCCCCAAAUUCUUAGGACUUUAAGGCUCAAUCUUCAGCCAGGAUGAACAUUCUGUACGUUGAACAAGACGCAAGGUGUCCUGAAAGUUAAGAAAGUAGACUCAGAACUAGACAGUCUUGAGUUUGAUGACUUCUUUGCCACUCAACGGGUAUAAGACUGGAUCCUUCUGAGCCUGUUUUUCCCAUCCUCCUCAGAAGAAGAAUGAGGAUACUUACUAGGGUUGUCUUGAUAAUAAAAUGAGUUGUAUGUAAUAAAUAACUACCAUUCAUUGGUUUUGAGCCAUAGAUGUUCCCAAGGUAUAUAAAUCUGGCUACUGAAAACAAGCAAAGUACAGCAUUAGUUUUUGGUUCUCAAUGUGUUUUUUAAGAACUUUUUUUUUUUUUAAAGAUUUUAUUUAUUUGACAGACACACAGUGAGAGAGGGAACACAAGCAGGGGGAGUGGGAGAAGGAGAAGAAGGCCUCCGGCAGAGCAAGGAGCCCAAUGCGGGGCUCGAUCCCAGGACUCUUGAGAUCAUGACCUGAGCCGAAGGCAGACACGACUGAGCCACCCAGGCGCCCCAGAACUUUUUUUUUUU